AUGGUCCAACUCACACAGUUCGCUUUGGCAACUGCCGCCCUUGCUGGCGCUGUCUCUGCAGCCCCAGCGCCUCAAAGCAAAGUCGUAGACAACCCGUGGACUGGCAAGGAUCGUUACGUUGUCGGGAGCUAUGGCCAGAAGCUCCAGCAGACCAUUGCUUCUUUCCAGUCCCAGAACGACUCUCUCAACGCAGCACGCACCCGCACCGUUGCCGACAAGAUUUCUACUUUCACAUGGAUUACCACACGCGCCGGUCUGAGCCAGAUUCCCGAAGCCAUCCAAGCAGCCCGCAGGCAGAGAAAAGGAAGCAACAGAAUGAUUGUCGGUCUUGUCCUCUACAAUCUCCCCGACCGUGACUGCUCUGCUGGUGAAUCUGCCGGAGAGCUCAGCUCCGACAAGGACGGCUUGAACAUUUACAAGAAAGAGUUUGUCGACGUGUACGCAAGGCAUCUUUCGGCAGCGCAGGACAUGGACUUUGCCAUUGUCCUCGAGCCGGAUUCCCUUGGCAAUGCCGUCACCAAUCAAGGGGUGCCUUUCUGUGCCAAGGCCACCCCCAUCUACGAGGAGGGCAUUGCCUACGCAAUCUCCAAACUCCAGUCCCCCCAUAUCCACCUGUACAUGGACGCCGCCCACGGAGGCUGGCUUGGAUGGGCCGACAACCUGAAGCCCACAGCCCAAAUCUUUGCCAAGGUCGUCGACAUGGCGAAGAAACUCAACCCCGCGUCCAAGAUCCGCGGUUACUCGACCAACGUCUCCAACUACAAUCCCUUCAACGCCAAGGUCCGCGAGAACUUCACCGAGUGGUCUCCGUCCUGGGACGAGAGCCACUACGCUACUUCGCUCGGGGAGUACAUGGCUGCUGAGGGCAUGCCGACAAACUUCAUUAUUGACCAGGGCCGUGUGGCGCUGCCGGGUGCGCGUAAGGAGUGGGGCGACUGGUGCAAUGUCUCGCCCGCUGGCUUUGGACUCCGCCCCGGUGCUUCGACCAACAACACCAACAUUGACUCUAUUGUCUGGAUCAAGCCUGGCGGUGAGAGUGACGGCGCUUGUGGUCUUGCUGGCGCGCCCAUUGCUGGUGCUUGGUUCGACGAGUACGUUCAGAUGCUCGUCAAGAACGCCGACCCGCCGCUUGAACCUACCUACUAG